UCAAGGAUCCCAACAGAGAAGGAUGCAGUUGGGAUCUCUCUGGACUGUGCUGGGAUUCUUUCUUCUCUCAGCUUGCGUCUCAGGGGAAGACUUUGAAGAAGAUCCUCAGAAAUACAAAUUUGGAGUCUACAUCUCAGGAACCCAAGUGAUACUUACCUGCCCUGAGAAAUCAGAAGAGCUUAUAAUAUGGAAGAAAAAUAAUAUAGAAAUAAAUGGUGUGGAAAAUUAUCAACUCAUCCUAGAUGACUCAGAGACUGAAUAUAGCGGCCACUUCAAUUGUAAAAAAAAAUCCAGUCCAUCAGAUGAAGGCUAUUUUCUUUACCUGAAAGCAAGAGUGUGUCAUGGUUGCUUGGAGAUGGGUGUGCUGACUGUGGCUGGGAUUAUUAUUGCUGAUGUCUUCAUCACUCUGGGAGUACUGCUUCUGGUAUAUCACUGGAGCAAGAAGCAAAAGGCCAAGAGCAAGCCCAUUCGAGGGGGAGGUGCUGGUGGCAAGACUAGAGGAGCAAACAAGGAGAGGCCUCCACCUGUUCCCAACCCUGACUAUGAGCCCAUCCGCAAAGGUCAACGGGAACUGUAUGCUGGCCUGAAUCAGAGAGCCAUCUGAGGACUCCUGAGGACCCCUUGCUUUCACUGCAGCCCAUUUUCUGGGAUUCCUACUGGGUGUUCUCUUCCUGCUCCAACCCGAGCAUCCCAGAACUACAGCAUCCAACAGGAAAUGUUUUUCUUUUCUAAACAUUGAUUCCAAUUCUAGGAAUUUGCUCCUCUGUCCCCACAGUCUUAUCCUCAACUCACUUUUUCUUGCCUUUCACUCUAAUUCCUGAACCAUAGAAUAUAACUAUUCCCCUAGUGUUGAAAUUAUAUUUUCAAGGCACAAGUGGUACAAGUCACCAUAUUCGAUCAUGGAUCGAAUGGAAUAGAAAUAUUUCUAUCAUGGAUCAUGGAUCAUGGAAAUAGAAAUAGACAUCAACCUUGGAGAAUCAACCCAAAGCUCUAGAAUCUUUGAAUCCUUACUCAUUCUUUUCAUACUCCAAGGUAUAAGGUCUGCUCUUUCUUGUUUCCUUUUUCUUGCUUUCUUUUUUUUCUUUUGCAAAAUUGUCCCAGUACUCUUAAUUCCAACCCCUUCUCCCUAUCUAGUGUGCCACUCUUUUGGUAUACUCUAGAACCUAGCAUGCCUAAUGUUUUCAAGUAUUCUGUCCUUCACAUAGUCUAGUGCCAGAACUUUCCAUAUACUUCCUCCAGCUCAAUCUUGCCUACCUUCUCUGUGAAAUUUCUAGUCUUCAUGUAGACUGAGAUAACCCAAUAAAGCACAUUUGAGUUGAAA